CCCUCCAACAAAGAAAAGAAACAUUCCCGGGGUUUCCAGUAGGAAUGGCCUCUGCGAUUUGCGACGAGCCGACGACUCCUUCCACACUUCGACCGGCGACGUGCGGCAGCGAAUAAAACUUCCGUCGAGGCGGCGACCGACGAUAGGCCUUAAAUCUCAAAGCCUAUUUAGGACUACUCACAGAGCUCUGCAGCUUCGAAGAAUUUCAUUUCUUGUCCUCAAUUCGGACUCGACUAUUGAGUUUCUCCGAUGCCGGAUACCAUUGUCACCUCCGGCGAGACGCCGUCAACUUCCUCGCAGCUCAACUCAUCUUCGCGCAUAAUAUGCCGCGUAUGUCAAAAGCAAUUUUCACUGUACACUUGCCCUCGAUGCAAUACACGCUAUUGCUCUCUUCCAUGUUAUAAGUCACAUAGCCUUCGCUGCACUGAGUCUUUUAUGAGGGAGAAUGUUAUGGAGGAACUGCACCAAUCACAACCAGAUGAGCAAAGUAAACAGAAAAUGUUGGGAAUACUGAAACGACUGCAUUCAGAAGAUGAGAUGGAAUCUUUGGACGAAGAUGAACCAGAUUUCUCAUGGUCAGAAUCAACUAUUCAAAAGAUCCUAUCUGGAAAUGAGAUAAGUCUUGAUGAUUUAACUCCUGAAGAGCAGAAACGUUACCAAAAAGCCAUAGCCUCAGGUGAGCUGAGCAAAUUGAUUAAGCCAUGGGAGCCAUGGUGGACGAAGCAGUCAGCCAAAUACAUCUCUCUUGGCCAGGAUGGAACUCAACUUGUCCAGCCGAUUUCUAAAGAAGAAUCCGAUGAUAUUGAAAGUGAACCUUUGCAUGACAUUCCACCUGGCCCCGAAUCACCAUUACCCUCGGUUAGUAAGCUGAGUGUCGCCACACCAUCCCCAUUAUUGGCAGUUCACCUGGUUGACAUUGUAUACAGUUACUGCUUCACCCUUCGCAUAUACAACGGGGACUGGCAAUCCGACCCAACAGGAUCCGCCACAGUUUUGCUGAGCGUUUCUUCAGUUAUGGGUGAAGGUGCAAAACCGGAGACUGUACUGGAGGCUCUGUCACAUUGUUUGGAGCAAACAUGCUCUCCCGCUCUUAGACACAUGGGCGGCCUACAACUCGGAUUCAGACUCAUCGAAGAUGUGAUAGAACUUCUCUAUCUCGGUGGUGCAGCCUUAGUUUGCUUGCUCUCUGAUCUACAGAGGCUGAUUCAGUCGGCAGAGAAAGAACUAAAGUCUGCCAAACAACACAAGUCUGAAAGAUCAGAGAUGAAGAAAAGGCUUAGGUCUGCUGAGAGGAAGGUUUACUUCAUUAUGUGCUGGGUUCACGAGCAGACUGGCGACGCAUGGUCUUCCUUAGCUGCCAUUGUCAAGGUGGAGCAGAGUCAUACCAUGGAAUACGCGGGAACUGAGACAAGUCUCCCAAAGAAGGAGAUAGCAGAACGCGUUGGGAAGCCCUUUAUCAAGGAAAUCCAAUGAGGCGAAUGUUCAAUAUGUGAUAUGAAUUUAUGUCCUUCCUUAGCUUAAAUUUUUUGCAUUAAGUUUUGUACUAUUGGAAUUGAAUUAUAUUAUUAUUAAUGAAUUUGUGUUGACAAA